UCAGAGAGCAAUCAGACAGCAAGGAUCAGACCAAAGUUCAUUGCUGUGAAAUACCAACAGACCGAGACUGGGAGACGCUGCAGGGAUUCGAGACAAGGGGAACAGGAGAACAACACAAGAACACUGAGGAUUAUAUGUGUUGGUAACCGAGAAGAAAAUACAAGGUGCUUAACAAGACAGGUUCAUCCAACUGAGACAUCUGUGAGAACCCACGUCAGUGCUGAAUCUGAGAAGAUGGACAUCCUUGAGACAGAUGCCUAUGACAGGAGGCAAAAGAGAAAUAUGUCCUGUGCCCUGCUUUUCUCCCUCUUGCCUUUCUUUUUGUCCGCAGCUCUGUAUUUCUACAUGUGGACUCCAGACUCGCCCAUGUCCAUCAUGUCCGCAGGUGUGAAAUCAGCACCAAUCCUGCUAUUGGCUGCAGCAGUGCUGAGUUGGAAUGGAGGUCAGAGUGUCCUGGGAGUUGUAGGAGGACUGCUCUUCUCUGCUCUUGGUGACUGUUGCUUGAUAUGGCCUGAGCUUUUUCUGCACGGAAUGGCUGCAUUCGCUGUGGCUCAUCUGAUAUACUCACUCACCUUCCUCUCCAGUCGUUAUUCAACAUAUUCCUCUUCCUCCUGGACCCGUUUUCUGUAUUUGAUCCUGUUCAUUAUAGGAGGAGGUUUCUACAUCUACCUAUAUCCAUUCCUGAAGAAGGCACCAGACUCAGAUCUACUAGUUCCAGCAGUGGGGGUCUACGUAUUCUUAAUCACUCUUAUGGGGACAUUAGCUAUUAGAACUGGCCAGGCAGCAACACUGUUAGGAAGUUUGACCUUCAUGGUGUCUGACAUCGCACUGGCUCUGCAAGUUUUCAAGGUGACGGCACCAAUGGAGCAUAGCCAUGUCAUUGUAAUGGUGACAUAUUAUUUGGCACAGCUACUAAUCGCAGUGGGUGAUAUAAAGGCAGUUGAAAACAAUGAUGACUUCUCAAAAUGGAAGAGGUCCUAAACAGCAUCUCUGGGGUCUGAACAAUCCUCCUCACAUGUACUUAUUUGAUGAAAUCCUAAUAAUACAACUGAGUACUUCCUGUAUGUGUUGGAUUUUUUUUUUAAAGAACCCAUCAAAUAAAAGGAAAAGAGAUAAAAACAACAAGCACAGUUCUCCGACUGGUGCACUACUUCAAAGAUUCACAACCGGGAAAGAUGGAGAAAAAGAGCAUCUUGCAACACAAGAUACAUUAUUAUGAGUUUCCUGUUUGUAUUUCAUAUUUCAAUUAUCACACUGGUAGUCAUAUUUUGUAACAUUUUAAAACAUCACACAUCUACAAACAAGACUGAUAGAAACUCAGUGAAUAUCAGUUUAGAAUAACAUCUGUAUUCUCCAAUUUGAGAGAAAAUGUUUUAAUCAGUGAUUUGGACAUCCAUGUUUUUGUGUAGGUUGUGCAUGUGGUGGUGAUUGUUUUCCACUUGUCAGCUGGCCAUUGUAUGUAUAUAAAUACCAUUUGGUUUGUUAAUAAUAAAUAAAUAUGGUGUAAAAAAAUAAAAAAAUAACAAUGUCUGUAAUUCUGAGCCAUGUUUUUAGAGACAAACAACUGAAAGUAAAUGAAAAUACUUUAGCUCAGAGAC